CGAUUUGAAACCAUCAUGUCUGCGCCCAGGUGAUGCAAUGUGUUGGAAACCCGUUCUUGCACAAACCGACAUUACUGUUGCAUGUUUUCAAUAUUCGUUGUAAGACAUGUUAUGAUCAGAACAUAUUUAACGAGGCUCCGUAACUGCCAGAAAAGUACCAUGGCUAAAAUUAUUCCUGUUGACCUGGACGGUCCCAACUCGCAAAUUGAUAUGGUGCAGAGUGUGAUGUCUGGAGCCAAGAGUUUGCUUGCUGGUCAUGUAAUAGCUGUUCCAACAGACACUAUUUAUGGAGUGGCAGGACUUGCUCAAAACAGUAAUGCUGUUGCAGAAAUAUACAACAUUAAACAGAGGAACUUAGAGAAGCCCAUAGCUAUCAGUGUGGGAGACAUUCAGGAUAUUUACAGAUGGAGCAAGGUGACUGUCUCGGAGGAGGUGCUGCAGGAUCUCCUUCCUGGUCCUGUUACCGUGGUGAUGCAGAGGAGCAAGGAACUUAACCCAGAACUGAACCCCAACACAGAACUGGUUGGUGUCCGUAUCCCUGACCACGAUUUCAUCAGAGCACUCUGCAGAAGUUGUGGCGGACCAAUUGCGCUGACAAGUGCCAACUCCAGUGGAUCUCAAAGCACCUUGUCUGUUGAAGAAUUCCAGUCACUGUGGCCCCGACUAGAUCUGAUAUUUGAUGGUGGUCAACUUGGUGACACAGAAGAGUCGAGACUUGGAUCUACAGUUGUUGAUCUCUCCAUAGAGGGCAAGUUCCGUAUCAUCAGGGAAGGCAGUGCCUAUCAAGCCACCGUGGAUUUGCUCAGGAACAAACACAAGAUAGAAGAAAUACUCAAGAUCUUAUAGCAUUAUUUUUUAUCAUGAACAAAUCUUUUAUUGGCAUUGUUUUGUACAAAUAAUAUAUUUAUAUCCAUGCGAUGGAUCUGUUAUUUUGUAUCUCUCUUAUUUACAGUUUUAAGGUUGUUCAUACAUCUUGAAUUUUAGAGGAUAUUGACCACAAAGUUUCUAACAUAUUACACGUGCCAGAUAAAUGAGGGGUCACCUUUCUCGACCAACAUACAAUCUAUAUCAUGAUGCUCUAGUGUCACCACUUGUGUGUGAAUGUUUGCUGUUCUGUGACCACAUGGUCCAGUGGAUGGAGAGUGGGAGGUCGGAGGCUUCAUCCUGCUUCAUAUCAGAACAUGUAUAUUGGAUGGGAUGCAUUAAUGGGAUCCAACAAGGAUUAUUAUACAACUCGUUUUCAGUUCAUUUUCGACUAGUAACUUAUGCAUAGUAACUAGAUCUGGGGAGAAAUUCAUGAGCUUCUGUAGAUUUUGUCCAAUCAUCGGACACCUGCACCUGUGUCUUAAGUGGAAGACUGGGUUUAGUAUGUUUGUAAUCUGUAUUCCAGAUGGCAAGCCCUUAGUUCACUUCCCCUUUAUAACUUCCUCUAUAUCGGGUAGAAGACACAUUGUAUAACUCAGGUUGAGUCCUUGUCAAGCAUUUGACAUGGCUUGGUUCACAAAAUUUUAUCAUUUACUGUUUUUAUAGAAUGAUAUUUCUGUUUAAUUUACAAAUUCAUUUGUGAGAUUUCAUUUUUAGUUACGGUGUCCAUGUGCUAACUGAUGAAGACAGAACCAUACAACCACGUGCAUGUUGACAUGUUCAUCUCUCAAACUCAGGAUAGGGAUACAAGGCUGCCAAAGCUGACAAAUAACAAUGGAAUAUCAUUUGAGUAAUAACUAGCUGUAGAGAAAAAUAUUUUUCCCUCAUAAGAAUGAAAUAAAUGUAUUAAUUUCAAAUUUAACAUCAUUUGCUAAGUCUGUUUAAGAGAUGGACAUUUUUAUAAGAAGUUUUAUUUCUUAUGGACAUGUAUGCUGCAACUGUCAUGCUCUUGAACUGUGCACCGGUUUAUGCAUUUAUCUUACCAUGUCCCACACUGCCCCCACACUGCCCCCACACUGCCCUCACAUUGUUUACUUCUACUGAAUGGCAUUUGGAAUGGAUAUCAUGUAUCAUGUUAUGUAAAUAAAACAUUUUAGACUAUA